AGGUGGUCAGUGAGGGGUGAGUAGGGGGAUUAGUGUCUCAUCGUGCUCCAUCCCACACCUUAGUCCCCAAGUGGUUGGGUUGAGUCUGGCUGAGCUGAGCUCCUUCUUGUUGAGGUGGUGAGAGGGAGAGGAAAAGGGUCAAAUGUCUUCACCCCUCCGUCAUGCGAUUGGAAAGUAUUGUUUGUGAACAAACUCUGCCUGGAAACGCUGAGUGAGUGAAAUAGCACAAAACCUGCGCCGAGAUCGGCCUCUGCGAUAAACCCAAGGGCUGCUUUGGGGUGAGGAGAAGGCAGAAACUGCUACAGAGAGGAGGGAGACGGAGCUCUGUGCGCUCCGGCAUCGCCGUGCAGGGAUGUCCAUGAGGAGCCCUGUUUCUCCCCACCUAGAGCUCGAUGGGACAGGUAACAUGGUGAACUGCAGCAUCAAGACGGAGGAGAAGAAGGAGAGUGGCUACGAGAGCCCACCAGGGGCUGCCCCCAGCACUGAGCCCCAUCCCAAUGACCCCCCAGGACCACCACCAAGAGAGGGCACAGACCCCCAGGUAUUGCCACAGGAGUCCUGCUCACCUGCUGGUGAUGCACUGGAGCCGCGGUGCUCAGCCUUUGAACCUGCUGUUGGCAGCCAGGAGAAGCUGGACUUCAACAGGAACUUAAAAGAGGUGAUGCCAACCAUUGAGAAAUUACUCUCCAGCGACUGGAAGGAGAGGCUGCUGGGCCGAAAUGCUGCUGAGACCAAAGAAGUGAAGGGAACUCAGGAGAGCCUGGCAGAGAAAGAACUCCAGCUGCUUGUCAUGAUCAACCAGCUGUCCACGCUGCGGGAUCAGCUCCUGACAGCCCAUUCGGAGCAGAAGAACAUGGCUGCAAUGCUCUUUGAGCAGCAGAAGCAGCAGAUGGAGCUGGCGCGGCAGCAGCAGGAGCAGAUUGCGAAGCAGCAGCAGCAGCUCAUCCAGCAGCAGCACAAAAUCAACCUUCUGCAGCAACAGAUCCAGCAGGUCAACAUGCCCUACGUCAUGAUCCCUGCCUUCACCCCCAGCCAUCAGCCCCUUCCCGUGACACAGGACCCUCAGAUUGCUCUGCCCAUCCAACCCAUCCCCUGCAAGCCAGUGGAUUACCCCGUGCAGCUGCUGCACAGCCCUCCUCCUCCCACGCUAAAGAGACCCAGUGGCUCCGGCCACCUCCAGAUGCAGGAGACCUCACAGCCGCUGAACUUGACGGCCAAACCCAAAGGCUCCGAGCUCCCCAGUGCCUCCAGCUCACCCAGUCUGAAGAUGAGCAGCUGCCAGUCCCUCACACCGAGCCAUGGGGCCAUGCGAGACCUGCAGAGCAGCCCGUCCAACCUGCCCUUGGGAUUCUUAGGUGAGGGUGAUGCCAUCACCAAAGCCAUCCAGGAUGCACGGCAGCUGCUGCACGGCCACAGUGGUGCCAUGGAGGGUGCACUGAGCCACCCCUACCGCAAGGACCACGUUGGCAUCGAUGCUUCCCCUGUGAAGGAGCGGAUGGAGGAGACACCCACACACCGCCUGGAUGAGGCUCUGCUGAGCUGUGAGAUGGAUGGAACGAGGCAUUUCCCCGAGUCCAGGAACAACAACCACAUCAAACGGCCCAUGAAUGCCUUCAUGGUGUGGGCGAAGGAUGAGAGGAGGAAGAUAUUGCAGGCGUUCCCAGAUAUGCACAACUCCAGUAUCAGCAAGAUCUUGGGCUCCCGCUGGAAGUCGAUGUCGAACCAGGAGAAGCAGCCUUACUACGAGGAGCAAGCCCGGCUGAGCCGGCAGCACCUGGAGAAGUACCCUGACUAUAAGUACAAACCCAGACCCAAACGCACGUGCAUCGUGGAAGGGAAACGGCUGCGUGUUGGGGAGUACAAAGCACUGAUGAGGAACCGGCGGCAGGACGCCCGGCAGGGCUAUUUGAUAGGUCCCCAGGGCAGCCAGCUGCCCCCCAGCUCCUCGGAUGUGCUGUACCCACGGCCGGUGGGCAUGCAGCUGCCGUCCCCGUUGAUGGAGCACUACCUGCCCCGCGGUGUGGACCCCAGCAUGCCCGUCAUCGUCAGCGCUCGUAGCCUGAAGGAAGGUGAUGGCGGUGGGGACGAUGGGCACUCGGUGGCGGAUGGUGAGAUGUAUCGUUACAGCGAGGAGGAGGACUCGGAGGGAGAGGAGAAGAGCGAUGGAGAGCUGGUGGUGCUGACAGACUGAGGGGCCAGGGUGGGGGGCAGCGGGGCUGGCUGGCACCAGGCGCUGGUGACCCCCAGUGAGAUGGGAUGUGGUUCAGGCAAAGACCCAGCGGCUGCAGGGAUGAGAUGAGCGGUGGUGGGUGAUGGGGGGGAUUUGAGUACGUGGUGGUGCCGCUGCUGCUGUAAGGGAAUGGGGCUCUGCAGCUUGGUCAAGAGCUGAUGGCUUGGGGAGCCAUCCAGUAAGGACCUGAAGGGAUUGGGACAUGGGAGAACUUCCAGCCCUCUACUCCCUACUUAUGCCACCUGCCACCCCGCAGCUAUGGGGACACCCAUAAGCUCUGCUCAGCCCAGCCCUCCCCACCCUACCACCAUUCCCCUUCUCAGCCUGUCAGUGAAUUCUUAUGGAGCCUUUUUUAGCUCUUGCCUGACCCGAAUGCAAGCCAAGGGCACUGAGGAGCCCUUUAUGCUCCUUACGCUCUGUCCCACUUUGUAAAUAAAGAGGGUGCUGUUCCCUGGCUGAGCCCCAGCCCUCAGGCAGCCCCAGCAUUGCUCUGGGUCCACGCAUCCCUCCUUUGCACCGCAGCUCUGUGAGCGCAGGCUUCACCCCAUGCAUUGUGGCAUGGGGAGGGGGGGAAGAGAGGAAAAGAUGGCAGCAAUUUAAAAGGAGGAAAAAAAGAAAUAAUACCUGGCUCUGCUCAGCACCCGUGCACCCAGCACAGGGUUUGCAUGCGGGUGCAGCGGUGGCUGUGCAUGCAGCACCAGGCGCAGUGUAGAGCACAUGCACCGCCGUGUGGCAGCAGCCAGGCACAGCCUUGUUGCAUGCAUCACAUCCCUGCUACGGGCUGCAGCAACACCACUGCUCCCCCACACUCCAGGGCCACAGCAGCCAGUGGGGGUCCUUUCUCUUUGCCCACCCCACUCUCUCUUCCCCUUUUCUCAGUGCUUUAUUUAUUCCCCCCAUGGCACAGCUCAGGCUGGGGGCUGGAUGUGGCCGUGAAUAUCAAAGGGGCAGCUCUUCUCUUUUCUCUUUUUUUUUUUUUUAAAGACUGUAAAUAUAGAUAGAGCUUUAUUUUGUUAAUAAGACGACGAGUAACUUAACCUGUAUAUUUCACAUACUUGUUUACAAACUGCCCUCUCCACCCCUUGGCACAAUAAAGAUGAUGUUUUGGAGCUCAGCUCAGGGCUGGGUCUGGCCAACCCAGGGGCUUGGGAUCCAGAUCUGGGAGCUUCCUUCUCCCUUCCCACCUGUUUUCCUGCUCCAUACGAUGCUUUCUCUGUGCUGUUCCAUUGCUCUUUCCUCUGCCCUCUCCUCCCUUUCCCCUUCUCACCUGUCUCAUCCCCACUUCAGCCUCCUCUGCCUGUUGCCUCCUGCAGCCAAAUGCUCCGUGCUGCCCUGCCUGAAGCAGGGGGCACUGCACUGCUGGAGAGGUGGGAGGGAACAACAGCAACACACCCUGUGAUGAGGGACCCCCCCUCAACUCCUGCACCAGCCCAAGUCCUGCACCAGGCACCACAGAUCCAUUAGCCCCCAGUUUCCAGCUAUCAGCAGCUUUUAUUGUGCACCAAAACAACCACCAGAUGCAACAAAAGUCGCAGGUUUUUGCUGGGUUUAUGUUCCUGUGCCCUGGCUGAGGGGGCAGGUGCUUUUUCCCAUUGCAUCUGCCAAGCAACCAAGGCAAGUGACCAUGUCCCCCAGCCCCCACCUGAUGCACCACCACUGUCAUGAGCUGGGCAGUGCUCGGUGGGAUAGGCCCAUCCUUGCAGAGGGGACAGCAGCCAAAUACCAACUGGGGACAAAGCUGUACCCACUUGUUGGGACAGGUUGGCUUCAUCCACCUCAUGCCAGGGCAUCCCCACGUGGGCCUCCAGAGCUGCACCAAUGGGGGUGCCACUCUCUGGACCUGUGGCUGCACUGAGCUCCCCAAUAUAGGGGGAUAUAGGGGGUUAUAGGGCUGGGAGCCCCCCCACUGCACUGUGGGAUGCUGCAGGUGAAGCUGAUGGGGCUGUGGGGAGGUGCAGCCCCAAGCUGAGCACAGAACAGUGCUUGAAGCACUGCUGAGGAUGCUGCCUUUGCUGUCUUGCAGUGCCAUGGCAGCAGCACCCAUCCUGCUUGGAAGAGUGUCCCAUGCUCAGAUAUAGGCCCAGCUCUGGGGUGAAUACAGACCUAUAAAGGGUGGUUCUCGGGGUCAAGAGCACUGAGCAGGCAGGGCAGAGGGGACAGUGAAGCUGACAGGCACAGCGUGAGCACAGGGCAGCUAAAGCAUCCCAGCAGUGCUCAGUGCUCCUGAAUGGAUGGAUGAGGGGUCCCAUUUCCUCCCAUUGCCAGGCCCAGCAGCAGCAAUACCAGCAAGACACAGGGCUGCCAGGUAGUGGGGCUGAGCCAGGCUUGCUGUAAGGCGAUGGUGAGGUGUCCUUGUGUAGGCAGGGACCUCUCCGUGGUCCUCUUGAGGAUCUCAUGGUCCAGUCUUGGGUAUGUCCAGGGUCUCCUUUAAUCGGUGGCUGGGGCAAAGUUCCUCUUCCCCCUUCCCACCAUUGGGACCUGCCCUCACCCCUGGGUGGGGAGGGGGCGAGGGAGGUGCCAGGGCUGUGGAUGCAGCAAGGACAAAAUAACUCAGGGUCCCAUGGGCCAGAGCUGCUAUUUGGAGAUCUGCAGGGCUGUGACCACUGGCUUCAUCUUGAAGUACUGCCUAAACCUUAGCUUUGCAUAUCUGCCAAAAGAGGGACAGACAUGAGACAUGGACCCAGCUUGGGUCGUGGGAUAUCUCCAGUAUGGAGCGCUCAGACAUUGGUCCUCUCAGCUCUGCAGAGCUCAGCAUGGACUCACCUUAAGAAGUUAAAGUCUAUGGUAGAGUAUUUAUCCUGGAUCAGACCCCAGCAUGCCCAAAGGAAAUGGGACGCC